UAUGCAGCAGCAAUUUCCUUUAAACUAUUUCCUUGUCUUCUUCAUCCUUCGUUUAUGGUGGCGACAAAUUCUGGGUAUCGUGGCGGCAUCGACACCAUCCCUCGAACUUUGCUUCCAUUAACAAACUGUGAAACUACCUCACAAUGUCAAUUAUCAGUUUCUUGAGUCCUCAAUCAUGGCGGUUUCCCUUUCCACUCUCAUCAUUUCUUCCUUCAACAACAUUGCUCCACCUCUUCAUUUCUCUCCCACGCCCUCCCAUAACGCUCCGGAUUUCAAAUUCUGCCGCCGCAGCUGCUUCCAUGUUCAUCGAAAGACGGUAUCAUUUAGUUCUAGCCCUAGGCUACCAGUUUCGCUUCGUUUUCAUGUAUACGGCAGACGGAAUUUGGCUAACUACAUUUACUCAGCUGCUGAUAAACCGGAAAUCAGUUCCACAGCCAAGAUAAGAAGUGAAGUUCUGUCUCCAUUUCGGUCUGUUCGGAUGUUCUUUUAUCUCACUUUCAUUGCUAGUGGUACAUUGGGAGGACUGAUAGCAACCACUCAAUUGCUUGGUGCAUUGGCAAACUCAUCAAGAGCUGAUGAAGUCCCUGAUAUUCUAAAAGGACUUGGAAUAGAUUUUGGAGCCGUAGCUCUUUUUGCAUUUCUUUAUUUCAGAGAAAACAAUGCAAAAAAUGCUCAAUUGGCUAGACUGUCAAGAGAAGAAAGCCUUUCCAACUUAAAGCUUCGAGUGGACCAAAACAAAGUUAUUCCCAUCAGCACUUUGCGUGGGAUUGCUCGUCUGGUAAUCUGUGCUGGCCCUGAAUCCUUUGUGAUUGAAGCUUUUAAAUCAAGCGAACCUUUCACUGAACAACUUCUAGAACGGGGUGUUUUAGUUGUACCCCUUGCCACAGAUGUGACUACACUGAAUUUUGAGUUUGAUGAACGAGAAGAGGUGAAGGAUAUAACCUCAAAAAGGAAAAAACUCUGGCGCUUGACUCCAGUUUACAUGACUGAGUGGUCGGCGUGGUUAGAUGAACAAAAGAAGUUGGCUGGAGUCUCCUCUGAUUCUCCCGUGUAUCUAUCUCUGCGAAUGGAUGGCCGUGUUCGUGGUAGUGGUGUUGGCUAUCCUCCAUGGAAUGCUCUUGUAGCACAAUUACCACCUGUAAAAGGACUAUGGUCAGGUCUUCUAGAUGGGAUGGAUGGCAGAGUUCUUUGAAGAAAAACACCCCCUCUUCUUUCGAGUACUCUGAAAUUGAGUCCUUACCAUGGAGUGGACUAAAGUUUGGUUAUCAUCUUUAAACUAUCAAAGAUACUUCCACUUGGAAAGCUCUAACACCAUUGUUAAGCUGGACUGCCUGAGAAAUACAGGUUUUUGUAGAGUUAAAAGGAGAGAUUUUGCUUAUCCAUUCAUAAAUCUUAUAUUUUUAUUGUCUAGAUUCCAACAUUAUUAGUUAUUAGUUAUUUUUGCUCCAGCAAUCUGAUUGUAUGGGUGCAAUUUGUUAAUAGUUAGUUGAAUGUGUAUUUGUAAAGCAAUUAUACAUGGAGCGUGAUGUAAAUAACCAUGCGUUUCUUUGUUUCUCUUUGGUCCUGUUUGGGAACAUUAACUAAGCUAAAAGUUAGCAGUAAUGGGUUAUUUUAGCUCACCUUACAUCUUUGGUACUAAUUAUAAUAAUGGUCUAUAGAAUUGUACUAUUUCAAA